AUGGGAGAGGUAUACGAAAAAAAUAACAUAGAUUUUGAUUCAAUAGCCAAAAUGUUGUUAAUUAAGUAUAAGGAUUUCAUACUGUCUAAAUUCAAGAAAGCUGCACCUGUAGAGAAUAUAAGGUUUCAGAAUUUAGUCCAUACAAAUCAAUUCGCACAAGGAGUCCUAGGUCAGAGUCAACAUCUCUGUACAGUCUAUGACAAUCCUUCAUGGCAUUCUAUAGUCCUGGAGACAUUGGAUCUGGAUCUAAUAUAUAAAAAUGUUGAUAAGGAAUUUGCCAAAGAUGGGCAUGCAGAGGGGGAAAAUAUAUACACGGAUUAUCUAGUAAAGGAGCUGCUUCGCUACUUCAAACAAGAUUUUUUCAAAUGGUGCAAUAAACCAGAUUGUAAUCAUUGUGGCCAGAACACUUCAGAAAAUAUGACACCUCUGGGCAGUCAAGGGCCCAAUGGAGAGGAAUCUAAAUUCAAUUGCGGAACUGUUGAGAUCUAUAAAUGCAACCGAUGCGGAAAUAUCACUAGAUUUCCUCGUUAUAACGAUCCAAUUAAGUUGCUGGAAACUAGAAAGGGAAGAUGCGGUGAAUGGUGCAAUUUAUUUACUUUGAUUUUGAAGUCGUUUGGGUUAGAUGUUCGCUACGUCUGGAAUAGAGAAGAUCAUGUUUGGUGUGAAUAUUUUUCAAAUUUUUUGAAUAGGUGGGUUCAUGUCGACUCCUGUGAGCAAUCAUUCGACCAACCAUAUAUCUAUUCAAUUAACUGGAACAAGAAAAUGAGUUACUGUAUUGCGUUCGGUAAAGAUGGCGUUGUUGACGUUAGUAAACGCUAUAUCCUCCAAAACGAGCUGCCCAGAGAUCAAAUCAAGGAAGAAGAUUUAAAAUUCCUUUGUCAAUUUAUAACGAAGAGGUUGAGGUAUUCGUUAAAUGAUGACGAGAUAUACCAACUUGCAUGUCGCGAUGAGCAGGAACAGAUAGAGCUGAUUAGAGGAAAGACACAAGAAACGAAAUCCGAAAGCGUCAGUGCCGCUUCGAAAUCAUCUAAUCGUGGUAGAGAAAGUGGAUCGGCGGAUUGGAAAGCACAGCGUGGGGAGGAUGGUAAAUAG